CAAUGACGCGGUGGACUGUUUAACUGCACAUUCUGAGUUGUUAGUAGUUUAACUGGAGCGAUAGUACGCGCUGCACGAUGAAGUAUUUUAUCAUUUUAUAUACGAUAUUACGAUUGAAUCAAGUAUUUGGAACUUGUAAUCUAUCACUGAAAGAGGACUUUAGUAGUCCAUCGCCAGUUUAUUUACACAAUGGCGAGUUCCUUGCCCCAAACUCCGCGUCCGGCGAUAUUCUUUUACGAAGAUCGGAAAUCUUACAAGUCGCUUGCCCUGGACAUAAGCGUUAUGUCUUGUUGGGAGACGAACCAACGCAUCUUGACGUAUUGACACUCAAAUGCGUCACGGGCAAAACGUUUCGUAGUGACAACGGGUGGGUUGGCGAAUUAAAGGAGGUUACGUGUAACGGACCUCCUUGGUACUCGGCGCAGGAAACGAGACAAUAUUGUUAUGGAAGGAACAAAAUGUACAGUACUGGCUACAAUAUAUCAGGAAAUUUCCAUAAAUUGUACGAUAUAUGCUUCGACAAAAGUCUCUAUACGACGCUGUACUCCAAACAUGAGUUGACGCCGGCCAGUUUCUUUAAACAAAUUAGUUCCCGCCCUUCGUUUAUAGAGGGUGAUUUAUUCGGUAAAGUGAGAAUGUCUCAGUUGUACAAGAUUGAUCAUCAAAAGAAGCGUUUGCAAGAGAUACUUGGUCAUGGUAUGGACGAGAAGUACAUAACGAAAAUACAGUUCUUAAAUCGUGGUCACCUAUCGCCCAAAGCGGACUUUACAUUGAGCGCGGAACAACGCGCUUCCUUCCACUAUGCCAACACUGCGCCGCAAUGGAUGCGAGGUAACGCCGGCGAUUGGGCGGCCGUUGAAGAUGCAGUAAGACGCCGUGUUCACGAUUUGAACACAACGGUAACAUUAUACACGGGCGCUUACGGCGUUAUGACUUUGGCGGAUUCGGCCAAUAAGCAUCGAGAGAUUUAUUUGUCAACUGAUAAAAAUAAUAAUGGUAUUGUGCCUGUGCCGUUAUAUUUUUUCAAGUUAGUCUACGAUCCCAAGAAGCAGACAGCUGUUGUUUUCGUAUUAAUUAAUUCCACAUACUACACAGAAGCGAGGAUUGACGAAUUAUCAUUUUGUCAAGAUGUCUGCUAUGAGAACUCGAAAUAUAAAUGGCUAAAAUGGCGGAACGACGGCACGCACAGCUUUUGUUGUGAAUAUCACGAAUUUGUUGAAAAUAUCAAUGUCUUACCUCAAUUAAAAGUUAAAGGACUGUUUUAUUAAAAUUAACUAUUUAUUUAUGUAUUGUCUGCGUCGCUUCAAUGUCAACACAGUUGCCGCCUUUUGAGACGUUUGGCCAGUGAUGCCAACUUAGGAGGGAAAACAUUCUGUAGGAGAAUUUUAUUUUUAUUCUGUUAAUUAAAUUUAAACUCCUAAAGCUAGAAAAAACCGAAUAGUUUAUAAUAGAUGUGCAUCAAAAAUAAAUUCGAUUAUAAAAGGAGUGUUUUUGAUAUUUUAGUUAUAGCCACGUUUGAAAAUUAUUUAUAUAUCGUUUGUUGGUUGGAUUUAUGACCAAAUUGUAUAAAACCAAAUCAUUAAAAAAAAUUACUCUUGUAUAAAUUACUCCUUAAAUAAAUGUACCCAAUAACCCCCCAGGAUCUCAUGGUUCCCUCUAAGUUUGGUCAUGUUGGCAACACUACGUAUGCCGUGCUUUAUGACAGACAAUAAUUAACAAUUAACAUUCAUUAUUAAUUCUAUGUAUUUUGUUUUCUUCAAUAAACGAAUGUACCUACUUCAAAAUAAUAGUCUUAUGUAUCAACCUUUACAUUAUUUAUCGUUUAAUACAUUUGAUAAGAACUAUAGAAAUAAGAAAUAUUGUCAUUUAAUACUUUUUAAUGCAUUUGUCGUCGGAUCUUGUAAAGGUAUUUUUGGAUAUACCGCCCUAGGAUUAUCUUGUUGUAAUUCGUUUUUAUAUAAUGUACACUGAAGCAAUUAUGACGAAAUGUAUAUAAAUGUUAUAAACCCAAGUUCUUUAUCGCAAUAUAGAUAAGCUAUUAUAUUG